CAGAGCGCUGAGCUGGGGCUGCGCAGAUGCUGCCUGGCCCGGCCAUGGCGCCCCGGCUCUGCCUGCUCCUCGGCGCGCUCCUGGCGGGUGCGCUGGAUGCCCAGCAGCAGCAGUUCAUGGAGUACAUGGAGAGGCGGCUGGCCGUGCUAGAGGAGCGGAUCGCGCAGUGGCACGACCAGAGCAGCCGCUACUCCACUGAGCUGCGCGACUUCAAGAACCAGGUGAUCACCAUGAUGGAGAACAUGGAGAAGGAGCGGGAGCGGUUGCACACCGAGGUGGAGACGACGGCGGUGCGCGUGGAGCGCCUGGAGCGCGAGGUGGACUACCUCGAGACACAGAACCCCGCGCCGCCCUGCGUGGAGGUGGACGAGAAGCUGGUGGAGAACCAGGUGGCCACGGCCAAGCAGCGGAAGAAUGAGAAGUACGACAAGCUGACAGACUGCAGCGACACCAUCUCCCAGGUCAAGGCCAUGAAGAUCCUGAAGCGGUUCGGCAGCACUGCCGGGCUCUGGACCAAGGAUCCCGUGGGGACCUCGGAGAAGAUCUACGUCUUUGACGGCACAGCCAACGACACGGUCUACGUGUUCCCCCGCAUGAGGGAGUUCACGCUCUUCUCCGCCACGCGCAAGGCGGCACGGAUCAAGCUGCCGCACCCCUGGGUGGGCACGGGGCACCUGGUGUACGGCGGGCACCUCUACUACAUCCGGCAGCACGGCACCUUCCAGGUCAUCAAGUUCAACCUGGCCAACAAGACCAUUGUGGACAGCUCCGUGUUCCCGGCCGAGGAGCAGAUCCCCGUGUUUGGCCUCUCUGCCUUCAACUACAUCGACGUGGUGGCCGACGAGGAGGGGCUCUGGGCCAUCUACGCCACGAAGGAGAAUGAGAAGAACAUCUGCUUGGCCAAGCUGGACCCCCGCUCGCUGGACAUCGAGCAGAUGUGGGACACGCCGUGCCCCCGGGAGAAUGCCGAGAGCGCCUUCGUGGUGUGCGGGACCCUCUACGUGGUGUACAACACGCGGCUGCCCAGCCGCUCCCGCGUGCAGUGCGUCUUCGACGUCAGCGGCACCCUGAGUUCGGAGGACGCCUCCCUGGUCUACUUCCCCAAGCGCUACGGCUCCCACUCCAGCAUGAAGUACAACCCCAAGGAGAGGCACAUCUACGCCUGGGACGACGGCUACCAGAUCAUCUACCGCAUGGAGAUGAAGAAGAAAACGGAGGUCUGAGGGGCUGGGCCUGGCCGGGGACCUCUGCCCACCUGCAGGCUCUGCGCUGAGCGUCCGGCGCCUCAUCCCUGCCGGGAUCCCGUGGCAAAACGCCCCCAGCCCCCCCUGCCUUCACCCACGUCUCCGGGGUAGUGUUGCCCCCCGCCGACGCGGCAGAUGCUGAGAGCAGCCUGGCAGCGGGAAGGCCGUGCGGGGAGCGCUGCUGGAGCCGGCCUGCGGCCCCGCUGUCGGGCUCCUGCCAGCCACAGCGGCGGUGUAAUAAAGGGCUUUCCACUCCUGUA